AUGACCUUCCUCAGCAAAGCCAGCAACUCAAGCGUGAGGGCAGCCAAGUCAGAAUCACCGCUCUGCGAUGUGGAUUCAGGGGAACAAGCGCCGAGUGAAGGAGAUACAAACGUCUUCAUCGUGUCCUAUUUUAAGACGAGUGCGUACCUGACUCAGUCUCAUCACAUCUACAAGCAGAUGUGUAUCUGUGCUGACUUUGACAAGGUCUUCUGUGUCGGACCAGUGUUCAGAGCUGAGGACUCGAACACUCAUCGUCACCUGACGGAGUUUGUUGGUCUGGAUAUUGAGAUGGCGUUUAAUUAUCACUACCACGAGGUCAUCGACUCCAUCACCGACACCAUGGUGCAGAUCUUCAAAGGACUCAGGGACAAUUUCCAGUCAGAGAUCCAGACGGUGUGUAAGCAGUACCCCAGCGAGCCAUUUAAGUUCCUGGAGCCGACGUUGAGGUUGGAGUUUACGGAAGCCGUCACUCUGCUGCGCUCAGCUGGAGUGGAGAUGGGGGAUGAGAAGGAUCUCAGCACUCCUAAUGAGAACCUGCUCGGUCAGCUCGUCAAAGAAAAGUAUGAUACAGAUUUCUAUGUCCUGGAUAAAUAUCCUCUGGCGGUGAGGCCGUUCUACACCAUGCCCGAUCCCCACAACCCGAAAUACUCCAACUCAUACGACAUGUUUAUGAGGGGAGAGGAGAUCCUGUCUGGAGCUCAGAGAGUCCACGACGCUCAGCUGCUCACAGAGAGAGCACUUCAUCACGGCAUCGACUUGGAGAACAUUAAAUCCUACAUCGACUCGUUCUGUUACGGAGCUCCGCCCCACGCUGGAGGAGGAAUCGGUUUGGAGCGAGUCACCAUGCUGUACCUCGGGCUACACAACGUGCGUCAGACCUCCAUGUUCCCCCGUGACCCCAAGCGCCUGACACCCUAAAGGCCAAAGGUGGCACUUCCUGGCUGACCUCACUAACACACACACACACACACAGAGGUUAUGGGAUCUCUCCGUGAUUAAACGAUGAUAAUAAAUUAAAACCAGCUCAUUUUUUAACGUUUGAUACUGAUGUGUACGAUGAGGUCCAUCCUGACUGGUGAAGGGACAGAGUGAACAUUAAACAAGUGUGCUUCAAUCUGUAUAAAGGGAAUCUGUGCUCUAAUGGUGGUAAAGGGGUGGGUCAGGCCAUGUCUCAAACCACACAAUACUGCACUAAAUCGUGUGAAAGUAUUAUGGCAGUGUUUUUGACAGUUCUACAGUGUAAUUUUGGGUAAAGUCAAGUAAUACAUAUUGAUGUAUUGAGUUUACUACGCUAGUAUGUGAUUUAGGACGUAGCCCAAGACUUAAAAAUAGUGUACUUAAUAACAUGCCACACUAUACUAAAUAAUAGUGUACUAAACGCCCUGAUUAUGAUGUUUUGUAUAUUUAAUCAUGUGUUUUGGGACGCAGCCCGAGUCGUACACUGUCUGAGGUAAAAGUUUUGACACACUCGCACACUGCAAUGUACUAGGGUGUGGAUUGGGACGUGGCCAAGGUCUUAUACCGACUGAGAUAAACUGAGUUCAGGUUAGUUGUUUUCUACAGAAAUCAUGUUUACUGCCUGAGUGCAGAGGAGGAGGAGGAGUUUUAAACAUCAGAGCAGUUUAAUAAAUAAAUAAAGACAUUACUAAUGAAUUAAAGAACAGAUUCUCAUUACUCUAA